AUGGAUGACGAUCUUGUCGACGUGUUUAUUGUGCUCGGAGUAUUGGGACUCGGAUUGAUAGGACUUCUCAUUUUGUUGGCAACCGUAGUUCGUAGUGGUAAUACUAUAGCUGCUGAAGAGCCUAGAAGUACAGCAUCGAAAACCCCGGUCUCCAGGGUGUUCUCCUCACCACUGCCAAAAGCUGAGCAUUUGCCGAGCCCAACAAGACCGAAGGAGCAUUUCAUAUUUAUUGUUCCACGCUCUCCAACGUAUAGGGCGGAAAUCGCUCAAAGCACUACUUCACCGUAUCAAAGCACUUCAACUGGAAGCUCAUACCUUCCAAAUCAAAUCCCACCGUUGGCGAAAAGGCGAUGUUCUGCAUGA